UCCUCAGCGGGGCGGCGAGCGGAUUGCACUCCCUGCGCUACUUCCACAUGGCAGUGUCAGAGCCAAGCCCGGGAGUCCCCCAGUUUGUAUCCAUGGGGUACGUGGACGGGAACCUCAUCUCACGCUACGACAGCGAGACGGGGAGGACGGUGCCCCGGGCAGACUGGAUGGUGGACAACCUGGAUCAGCAGCACUGGGAUGGUGAGACCCAAAUCGGACAGAGGAAUCAGCAGGUUUACCGCAUCAACCUGGACACACUGCGGGACCGCUACAACCAGAGCGGCAGGGCUCACACGCUGCAGCACAUGCACGGCUGUGACAUCCUGGAGGACGGCAGCACCAGGGGGUAUCUGCAGGACGCCUAUGAUGGGAGGGAUUUCAUCGCCUUCGACUUGGACACGAUGUCAUUCACUGCAGCAGAUGCGGUGGCGCAAAUCACCAAGAGGAGGUGGGAGAAGGACGGGAGUGAAGCUGCACGGCGGAAGCACUACCUGCAGAACACCUGCAUCGAGUGGCUGAGGAAAUACGUGAGCUACGGGCGGGCCGUGCUGGAGAGGAAAGAGCCCCCCAUGGUCCGAGUGUCAGGGAAGGAGGCCCACGGGAUCCUGACCUUGUACUGCCGCGCUUACGGCUUCUACCCGCGGCCCAUCACCGUUAGCUGGCUGAAGGACGGCGAGGUCAGGGACCAGGAGACCGAGCGGGGCAGCAUCGCGCCCAACAGCGAUGGCACCUACUACACCUGGGCCUCCAUCGAGGCCCUUCCAGAGGAGAAGGACAAGUACCGGUGCCGCGUGGAGCACGCCAGCCUGCCCGAGCCCGGCCUCUUCAUGUGGGAGAUGGAGUCCAACCUGCUCACCAUCAUCCUGGCGGUGGCCUUUGCCAUCCUACUUACUGUUGUCGUCGCCGGAUUCGUCUUCUGGAAGUACAAAUCAGGGAGGAAGAAGAAGGGUUGUGAUCCGCCAUCAGGCAUGGACAGCGAAUCUGGCAGCUCCACCAAAGGGCUCACCAUCUAACUGCUCCACGAGGGGCCAGCACGUGGUUGGAUUCGGCCCCCUGCUCUAUUGCCGGCUGGACGCAGAGAGGUGCUGGAGGAGGCUGAGAGCUGCCUGCAGAGAGAGCUUGUCACGCUGCGCUUGCCCACCCCUGGCUGUGGUGGUGGCUCUUCUGGGUGGGUGAACAUCCUAUUUUCUGAUACUUGGAGAGCUGCAAUUAUUACCAAUGUUCUUUACUUUGGAGGUUGCAAUUGAUUUCUUCCGCAUGUGUACGUUUCCUGGCUUUCACAAUAAAUGCUGGUCCCCAUCCUGUGUCAGGCUGUGUCUCCUCA